AUGCCGAUAAAGUUAGGCGUCGAAAUAAAGCCUAUAAGGGGCAUUACUCGUUUCAGCGUGAGUACCCUGGCUAUUGCCAACAAAUCUCUGUGGUUCGGCCUAAACGAUGGGAAUAUUAUGAAAUUCUCUCACGAUGACGAUUAUAAUAACCCGGAAUCGCCCAGAAUUGGAGGAAUAACGCCUGAAUACACUCUUUUAAAGCCAAAGAAUGGAGGUUCCGAAGUUAGGCAGCUCUACGUGGAUUCCAAGUCGUUUCACUGCUUGGUGUGUUUGACCUCGGGAGACCACUACUACUCGAACUUUCAAAGCAAUGAGCUCUAUUUUUUGAAGACGCUUCAGAGGGUGUUUAUUCGUUCGCUGGCAUUCACUGAUCUGACCACGGAGGAUUACACAGACUCGUUCCUCGUAGGUACGCAGCAGGGCUCGCUCGUGGAGGGGAAGAUAGACUACUCUAAGUUCCAGUUCUCCUUUAAGUCCCUGCACGUGGUGGCCGACAGGGAGCCAGUAUUGAGCACCGAAAUGAUUCCCAUAAUAUACAAGAAUAAUCGCACAUUUCUGGUGGUCGCAAUCACGACGAAGAGGUUAUACGAGUUUUUUGGCGGAUUCACGCUCCACGAGACCCUUACAAAGUACACGAAGUCCGGGCUCACGGGGCUGCGGUACGAAGUGCCCCUGGCGGCUCCCUACGGGGAGCUGUUGGUGGUCGAGAAGGACGACGGAAGCCACGACCUUUUCUGGACGAACGCCACCGGGAUUCUGUUCUCGAACGUCCCGAGAAAGGUCGGCGAUGUGACUUCGUGCCUCGAGUUUCCCCCGACGAUAAUAAGUUAUCCCACGGGGUUCAGAUACCUGAUCUUCUCGAGCACGAAUAAGAAUUUUCAGCCUCACGACAACAAGAAGUCGUUUCUGCACAGGCCCCCGGAGCAGAUGCCCAAGAGCUCAAUAGCGCUGAAGAACCACCUGCUACUGCUCUUCGAUGAGAUCAUAAUCGUGAUAAACACGAUAAUUAGGCAGCAGGUGUCCUCGUUCUCACUGCCUUACGGAACCUACGGAGAGAUGAAAAAGUUGGUCAAAGAUCAAAUUUCUGGCUUAAUUUGCAUCUUGUCGACAGAUGGGCUGUACGAGGUGAUAAUACAGAACGAGUCGGACGAUUCCUGGCACUACUACAUGCUUAAAGGGGACAUGAAGAGCGCCCUGGAGCACUGUAAAACGACGGCGCAGCGGGACCAGGUGUCGUUCAAGGCGGCGCUGGACUACUUUGACAAGGGCAUGUUCGAGGAGUCGGCGAAGAUGUACGCGGAGCUGAACACGCACAUUUCUGAGGUGGAGAACGUGUACCUGAAGUUCAUCAGGCCCGAGCACGAGUUCGCGCUCAUCGAGUACAUCACGCGGGUGGUGCAGAAGAUGGACAUCACGAAGGCGUACCCCAAGUUCAUCAUCCUCACCAUCUGGCUCGUGGAGCUCAUCUCCUUCAAGUUCAAGGACCUCUCAUUCACGAUACAGAGUGGCCUGGAGCAGGGGAAGGACGUGGAGAACCUGAAGGCGCUCUACAGCUCCAUGAAGCAGAAGUUCUCAAGGCUCAUAAUAUCGGUGAAGGACAUCGACGAGCUCGUGGCUCCGAUCAAUUUCAUACUGCAGACAACCGGGUGCAUUGUGGAGUGCAUCGAGUACGCGAAGCUGAGGAACGACAACUCGACGGUCAUCUGCAACCACAUAACCAACGGGAACAACAUCAGGGCGCUGACGGAGCUCUCGCAAAUGCCACCCUCUGAGAAGAGGGACUCGCUAUUCCUCAGGUUCGCGCCGCUGAUCUUCAUGGACAGCUGCGAGUCGUUUUCGAAGGCCCAUUUCCAGUCGCUGUCCCCGAACUACCUGAUUCCGAUUCUGGCGCUGCCGACGGUGCUUUCGAACCCCGAGUACCUGGAGAGCUCGCUGAGGAUGCUCAAGGGCAUUCUCUCGGACUCGUACGAGACCGACAGCUUCUCAAAGUCGCUCCUGUGGUCGCUCUACAUCCUCCUGCUCACAUUUCUGCCCACCGAGGACGCGCUUUUGGGCGUUCUCUCUGACACUGAGUUCGACUUCUCCAAGCUCGACCUGUCUAUCGCACUGAGGUACCUGCAGUCCAAGUCUUACCAUGGGAGUCGGGAGGACUCGGCGACGCACACUCGCUGGAUGGUGCCCUUCAUUCACCUGCUGAGUCUCUGCGGCAUGGUUGACGACGCCCUGGACCUGUCUCUGAAGGUCGGCGACCUUUCGCUCGCGCAGAGGUGCGCCAUGAAGCCUCAGAACGACUUCGACAAGAGGAAGCUCUGGCUCAAGAUCCUCAAGCACUCCUCGAUGAACAAGUUGCAGAACAUCGCAGUGCUGCUGAAGGAUUCCGGCGGAUUCAUUCAGAUUCACGACCUCCUCGAGUACUUGCCCCUUGACGUGGGCGUCAGUGACCUCAAGGACGUGAUCAACGAGUUCCUCAUCAGCUACGAGGACAAUAUGCAGGAGCGGAGGCAGGAAAUCGAGAACCUGUGCCAUUCCAUAGAAGAGACCAAGGCGGACAUUCAGCUGGCGUCGAAGAGGUGCGUUAGAGUUUCCAUGAACGAGGAGUGCAGCGUUUGCGGCCACUUGAUUUUCCUCAAGAACUUCAUCGUCUUCUCCUGCGGCCACGUCUUCCACCGCGGCUGCAUCGCGAAGACGCUCUACACGCUCCUCACGGGUCCUGAGCUCGUCGAGUUCGAGUCGAUCAAGAACCGGUUCGACGAGUUUCGGGACGACAAGUCCGAGCUCGAGUACAACGACUACUUGGCGAAGGCCUGCCUCCUCUGCGGGUAUCCCAUCCUCCUCCUCGUGUCCCAGCCCUUCGUUACCAACAACGACGCUGAGGAGCUCGAGAAGUGGUCGAUUAACUAA